CUCCAUGGGCACCUCAAGCACAACUUUGACCGGCCAAAGAGCGCGAAUCUGCGCAUGUGGCUCCAGCUGCGUCUGCGCCCGCACAAGGAGGUGGCGACAGCCCUCUUUUUGCAGCACUUUCAAGACCUUUUGGACACGCUUCUCGUCGUGCUGCGUCAGGACACGAACGACUGCGCUGCCUUUGCGGCUCUGCGCGCGGUGUUUGCGCGCUUCAUUGCGGUGCGACCGCCGACGGUGCUCGAGGCCGCGCGUUGCUCGAUAGCGUCGAGUGUGCUGCAUCCGAUGUGUGCCUAA